AUGUGCUCCCUCGGCCUCCCAGGACCCAACAACUUCCCCCCCGCCAACCCCCUUCUCAACCGCGCAUUCUCCCACUUCCUCUCCCACCACAACCUCACCCCAAUCUGGUCCCGCCCCCUCCGCCCGGCCACUUUCUACGCCCACACCUCCACCCACCUCGCCGCAGCCCGCCUCGCCGAGGAAGACAACAUCACCGCCCUCUGGCUCGCCAUCCUCUCCGCCCACAUCCGCGAGAUCGUCCCCAAGUACACCCCCGACGAGCUCCUCAUCCGGAAAGCAGCCUUCGCCAUCUCCGUCCACCACGAGUGCACCGUCCCGACCCGCGAGGAGGCCAUCGCCACCCUCGCCGCGCGGAACUGGAGCGUCCCCUGCAGGCGCAUCCCCAUCCCCGCCGCCGCCGGCCGCGCGCUCCCCGUCGUCGGCGCCCUCGCCAACACGCGCUACUUCCUCGGCUUCCCGCCCGGCAGCCCCAUCCUCGCGUACCGGAGACUCAGGAGCCUCGAGCCUCAUGACGCGCGCAACUUUGCGUACAAGGGCCGCGUGCCGCACCCGCCCGCCGUGCGCAUCGCGCGCAUGCAGCACCUCGCGGGACAGGUUGCAUCGCAGGUCAUCUCGCUGCUAGCCUUCGAUCCGGACGCACCGAACGACUUGAAGCCAGAGUACGCAACGCUGCUCACUGCGGAUUUGGACGACGGCGUUUCUGUUAGGGAUGUCCACGCCCGCUGGAUCGCGCGGUUCGAAAUGGGCCAGCGGACGGCGUACUCCCACGCCCUGCGCACCUCGCCCGCCGUCAAGGAGCUCGAGUCGCUCAUCCUCUCGACGAAGCGUGAAGAAAUGGCGGACGAGGAGUGGGCGGUGCUAGCUGCGCUGGCGGACGUCGUGACAUGGGACCGGCCGACGGGGGAGCACCCCGUGGUUUGGUUGCAUGUGAUCGCGAAGACCUACCACACCGACGAGGCGAAAGAAGUAAUUUCCAACAUAUUCGAAGGCGGUUUCAUCAAAAAUGUGUUGGUGUACCACGCAGAUAUCCUCCUAGGAAAAACCAUCCACGAAUACUACGCCGAAAACUACACCGGCGCCUACGUCGACGACCGCGCCCUCUUCGUCCCAGACACCAUCCGCAACCGCGUCGAUAUCGCCCCCGUCGCCGACCGCCUCCGCGCGCAGCUCCUCCGGCCCGCCGACCCCCCCAAGCCGGAGUCGGACGACGACGACGACGACGACCAAGGACUCUCCAUCACGCCCGCCAACAACAGCAACAAAGCCCUCACACGACACAUCUCCAUACAUCCCUCCCGCUCCCCGACGACCACGGGCCCGCAAACAACCACCCUCAACCACCACCCGCGUCCUCCGCUCCCGCCGGCAAUAAUGUCGACCCCCCUCUCCCUCCGGGGCCUCUUCCGCCCAACCACCACCCUCACAACAACCUUCACAACCACAGCAACCCGCGCCUUCACAACAACCCCGGCCCCCGCCCGCCGCGGGGCCAGCGUCUCCGCCGCGACGCCCGAAUACGCCAAAAAGAUCCUCAACCUCAAGCAGCACCUCUUCGCCCGCGCGCCCCCUCCCCUGCGCAUGGCCCGCAACCGCCACCUCCGCCACUGGACCAUCCACCGUGCCUGGCUCCUCCUCCAGCGCCAGCAGCGCGAGGCCCGCGAGCGCGAGCUCUACCGCAUGCACCAGGGCAUGUACAACGCCGCCGAGGAGCUGCGCCACACCGCCGGCCCGGGAACGAGGGACGAGGGCUGGCUGUAUCGCAUUUCUCAGGAGAAGAAGGGCGUCUACGGGGCCGGCGCCGUGCCGAUUGAGUAUGCGAGGUACCAGACCGAGACUCCGGCUAGGGUUGCGUGGAACCAUGAUUGGAAGAGGUAG